AUGUCAAAUCCUUCAACCAACUCCCUUCCUCAAGACGCCUUCACACCGCAGUUUGAACACGCUUUUGUAAACUGGGUGAAGAACGAAAACUUUGCCUACACCUUCACAGACGAGGAUAUCGAAGCUCGACGCUGGGUUUUGAAACAUGAUGGGGCCUCACCCCCUCACUUCCAAGCACCACAUAACUCCUGGCUUACAAAGGUCCGGAAACAACAUCGUCUUGGGGAGAAUGGGGAAGAAGUCCUCUAUCGACCUUCUCCUGAAGGUGAUCAAUGGUACAAGCUUGUUCCUAUCUCACAAGUUCUCACAGUCAUCAAACGAGUACAUUGUUUACAAACCGCCCACUCAGGACAGAACAAGACUCAUGAAGAGAUUGCUAGGUACUACCGUGGUGUAGGGAAGAAGGAAGUGGUGAAAGCAAUUAAAUCUAAGUUCCUGUACAUGGAGCAGGAUGUGCUAAAUCUCUCAGAGCUCGCAACAAGGAUCCUGGUCAAAUCCAACCCAUCACGUCCAGCUUUCCCUUUGAGCGUAUCCAAAUCGAUCUUGUUGAUAUGCGCGCAAUGGAGUGUAAAGUCGGAACAGAAACAAUGCGCUGGAUAUGCCAUAUUAAGGACCAUUUUACAAAGUAUUCACAGAUGUACGGCGAAGUUAGACGGAGUUAGGCUAAGUAGGAACAAUGGGAGCAGAAGUACGGCGAAGUUAGACGGAGUUAGGCUAAGUAGGGACAAUGGGAGCAGAAGUACGGCGAAGUUAGACGGAGUUAGGCUAAGUAGGGACAAUGGGAGCAGAAGUGCGGCGAUGUUAGGCGGAGUUAGUCGAAGGAGGAAGAGGAUGGCCGAGGGCUCGGGGAAGUUGGACGAAUUGUUCGACAGCCGUGACAGUAUCAAGGAUCGCUCUUACCGACGACCCGUGCGAACCUCGGAGAAGUACGAAGAUAUUAUGGAACCAGAAAGGAGAGUUACGCGAGGCAUGAGUAGGGAUGGAGACAGGAUGGAAGAGAACGAGAGGAGAGCAUUGGAGGAGCUUAGCAGAGCAAUGGGGCAGGACCUUGGAGUGGAGGAUAGUGUGGGGGGAUCAAUUCAAGGAGAUGAGUUCGUUCCACCGGUGCCUUCUAACCCUCCUUCUCCUCCGUCUAAUGCUCUCCCACCUGCGGGAUCCCCACUUGGAUCAGACCAAACCCCACGCCCAAGAGAAAACACUGGAAGUACGGCGAACUUGGGAGAAGAAGGAACACAAGGGGUGGUGUUGGCCUUGAUGCAGAUGGUGGCGAAUAUGAACAAAGACAUGAUGGAGGAGAGAAGGCGUAGGGAGGAAUGGGAACAGAGAAGAGAAAGGGAUACAAAAGAAGAGAAGAAAUGGGAAAAGGGGCAACCUUCGGCGCAGGGUGGUGUCCAGGCGGCUAUGAUGUCGACGGUGGUAAAGAGUACACCGCCAAACAUCGACGAAGUUCGCCGAAGAUGGCCUAGGCCGAGCUCCGAUCUGAGGGAGACAAGGAGGAAGGAGGGGAAGUGUACCGAGUGUGGUGAAGCAGGACAUUGGCUGAAGGAAUGCCCUGUAAGGGAGGCUAAGGUUAAGGUUGGACUGUUGCCUCCAUGGGGGGGGAAGUUCGGAGAACGUGGUGGAGGAUCGGGAGGGAACGCAGUACCUCUCGGACAGAGGAGGAACUUGAAUGCGGUUGGAGGAGAAGUAGAUUUGGAAGAGGACCAGGGAAAAGAAGAGGACCUGUCGCAGUAG